AUGAGCAGAAACGACGAUCACGUGGCUACACCUUACGCCGAGUCCCAUACCACGUUGUAUGAGAGUAAAGGUCAUCGAACCCCCCCCCCCCCCUCCCCCCUCCUCCCCUCCUCCCUCCCCCCCCUCCUCCCCUCCUCCCCCCUUCUCCCCCUCCCCCUCUCCUCCCCCUCCCUCGCCUCCUCCCCCCUCUCCUCCCCCUUCUCCCCCUCCUCCCCCUUCUCCCCCUCCUCCCCCUUCUCCCCCUCCUCCCUCUCCUCCCCCUCCCUCGCCUCCUCCUCCCCCUCCUUCCUCUCCUCCCCCUUCUCUCCCUACUGCUUCUGGCGGCACAUCCCCUCCUGCACCUACCGGCUGCGUAGUCAAGCAGCGGCGCCUGUGCCCGUGGGUGUGUGA